AUGGUGUCUACAGAGCCCAGAGGAAGGCCUCCUCCUCCCCAUGAUACCUUCCAAGACUUCACUGGUGCCAAAGAGACGCUGCAAGAUGGCUACCAUCUACAUUACCAGAACGCUGCCACCGGACAGCCCAUACUGGAAAGGUCGGCCAAGGAUACAGAUCACAAGGAGGAAGUCAACCAAUUUGGCAGGUCCCCAUCUCCCGCUCCUUCCUUAAGCAUGUUCAUGCCGCAGGAGCACGAAGAGGCUGAGUCUGUAUCUGAACAACCAGCAGAGACAGGUGAGCACCAAGAGAUAAGGUCUCAUGGUGUUGAUGCUGAAAGCGACGACGAUGUUGUGGAGAUAGACGACCCUGGCAUCAUUCAAGAACUGAAGAGGAAAUACGGACUUCGCCAAUUCGGUGCGGUAGACUUCGAUCUACAAUCGUCUGGCUUCACAAUCACUGGCUCUGCAUCUGCUGUCAAGCAGGAGGGCGACGAGGAUGACGAAGAUGCCUGUGUCUCAAGCAGGCCCAACGAGAUUAUUCCCUCGCUAUCUGCUCGCAACAACGGCACCAGAUCUUAUUUUGGAGGUUUUGAGGAAAACGAAGCAGAUGACAGCGAUUAUCACCCAGGCUCCCGAUCUGAUUCUGACAACCCCGAUGGCGAGCAGAGGGAGCCUCUCCGCAGUCAGAAGAGCAAGACGAAAAAAGUUCAAGAUCAAGGGAAAGAGGCUGAGCAGCAAAUUUCUGAACAGGACAACAACAUGCGAACAGAACUUGCUCAUCAACUUCUUGCGAAGCGGAAGGAACUCAACGAGUUGAAAGAACGCGGAACAACUGGUAGUUUGACAGUAUACGAAGAACUCCGCCUGGAGAAGCUGAGGGGAGAAUGCUUUGACUUAGAGGUGCAACUGAUUCUCAACGGCGAUAGCAGAGGCGAGACGCAUGACGAGAACACCACCUCCAAGACAUCUAAGACGCAGACGACAGGUAGCAACAAGUCUACCACACAGCCCCAAAAGCAACAAGUGAGGCGCCCACGCCCUCGGACUGCAGCUGAGUGGUGGGCACAAUACUACCAGAGUGAGGACAAGAGUGCAUCGAAUUGGGUUUUGAAAUUAAACGGGCGCGAAAAGAGAAAGGCUGAAGCAGUCAUUAAUACACACCAGCAAAAUCCCAAGAGACAGAAGAGAAACAAAGACCCCUCAAGUAUUGACGUUCUGGAUACCUUGCGUGAUCCCGAUACGGCUGAAGCACUCGCAUCUCAAGCCGAAGGUCUUAUAACAAAUGCAGUCGUCGACACGACCAAGGCUGGGCGUGAGAAGCAACUGCAGAACUUGAUCGCCAAUGCUCCAGCCGCAAAACGCGGCGGGCUCCGACACGACAAAAAUAUACUGACACAGGCGUCUCAGUCGUUUGGCUAUGGCAAGUGCAAGGCCAAAGAUGGUGGCUGGGCAAUUCCGGGCCUGAGAAAUGCCGUUCUAUACGAUCAUCAAGUUGUCGGAGUCAGCUGGAUGCUCGCCCGGGAAUUCUCUCCAGAUGGCCCCUGGGGUGGUAUUUUGGCCGAUGAAAUGGGACUUGGAAAGACUCUUCAGCUGAUCUGUGUCAUUCUUUGCAACAGGCCAACCCGUGAGGCAAAGAAGCGGGGCCAAGGCGCAACUCUCAUUGUGGUUCCAGCAAGUGUGAUUCGACAAUGGAACAGAGAGAUUCAGAAGUUCACAAAGUUGGUGGUCAACGUCUACCGCAAGAAAAUGGCCAAAGACGUUCAUUUGCAGACUUAUUGUCAGUCUGAAGUUGUCCUUACGAGCUAUCAGGAGGUCUUCUCCGCGUUUCCUCCAGACAUAGAUGUCGAACAGAAUUCGGAUUUCGACCAAGACGACCUCGACCCAGAAAAUGACGAACGUUUCGGAGAUUUGUAUCGAAUAAAGUUUCAUAGGAUCAUUCUUGAUGAAGCUCAUAUAAUCAAAAACCGGCACUCGAGGAUUUCGCAAGCCUGCCGAGUACUCGUGGCGCCCAAGAACCGCUGGGCGGUUACCGGGACGCCUGUUCAGAAUUAUAGUGAGGAGAUCUAUCCCUAUCUGAACUUCAUGAAAUUCCCCGAGGCCACAGAUUUCCAGGCAUUCAAAAAAACAUCCUACAAGAAGCUCAAUCAGCUGGUCCCGCACCUCCUGAUCCACCGCUCGGUAAAGGACUACUUCAUGGGCCGACCUCUGCUCAACAUUCCUAAACCAUGCAAACCUCAAGACAUAUGGGUCAACGUGUCAGAAGAAGAGGAAAUAUUCUACAGGUCUACUGAAAAAAAAUUCCGGGCUGCUGUCAAUGCAGCGCUAGCCAAUGGAACGUGUGCUAUGAAUAAAGGCCACUUUGUCUAUCUGACCUUCCUACGAAUGCUCACUUCUCACGUGUUCAACGGAGAGAAACUCAUGAGAAAAUAUCUGAGCUUCGAAGACAUCAAGAAUUGCAUGGAUGAAUUCAAAGGACGAGGGAGCAAGGCGCCGAUCAUAGACCAAAUUGGCCAUAUGAUUCUAAAAGCCACAUCGGAGACUGAAGGUCAAACCAUUGACCUCAGCUCCGGUUCCAGCAGCAGUCAGAGGUUCCAGUUUGCUAGUGCCUUCGGCCAACUCGCUGCCGAGAAGGCUAUUGACGAAAUUCUCUGCAGAGCCUGUCUACAGUUCCUUGAAGAUGCAGUCAUCAGUGAUGACUGUGCCACGCAGGCCGAGGAGAGAGCAGGAGGACCAGGUCUGGACCCGGUCAGAUGCCCCAUAUGCAAUAUGAAGCAAACCGGGCCUUUCAAGUCUUUCGACACAGACGAGUUUCAGGGUCUUGAUACAGCAUCUCAGACAUCUACAGCCACUGCUGUUUCCAGUAGACCUCUUGAGAAAAAGGGCGGAAGAAGUGGCAAGGGCAAGCACGGCCGUCCAUUGAGAGAGUUUGGUGACGAUUUCAACCGUCAGCAGCCUAAAGUAGAAAACAGCAAGAUUUUCGAAUACGUGGAUGCUCACUCCGAGGAACCUGUCCCUACGAGCGCCAAGACGGCGACAACUAUGCGCAUCGUGCAUGAGUGGCAGGCAGAAGCGCCUGACGACUGUAUCAUCAUCUUCACACACUUUCUGCCUGUGAUGAAGCUUCUCGGUCGGCUGCUGCAGCAGAGGGGUAUCGAGUGGCUAUACUUCUGGGGAGGUCUGGGCCAAGAUGCCAAAGACCAAGCCGUUCAGACUUUCACCGAGAAGCCUGAAGUCAAGGUUAUGAUCGUGAGCUUGGGUUGCGGCGGACAAGCUUUGAACCUGACCGUUGCCAACAGGGUUAUCCUUAUGGACCUAUGGUGGAACGACUCCUAUGAGCGUCAGGGAUUUGGUCGCGUCUACCGUAUAGACCAGAAAAAGCAAACGCAUUUCGUGCGGAUAUUGGCCAAGAACACGAUCGAUACGCGGCUUUACGAAAUGCAGCGGAAGAAAAAGAAAGCGAUCGGAAAGAUCUUUGGUACAGAACCUGGCGAGGAAGCUGACGAGAAGGACCCAGGCCCCACGGAGCUUCCUGGUCUUUUAGGAACAGUACGACAAACCUCCGAUGGCAUCCCCCAGGUCGAAGCGGACUACGAUGAUCGCGAAGCGCCGGUUCUACCGAUAGCCGGUGUUGAACCCUCUGGCGAAACUGAACACGAUGACGAGGACACUGGCGGCGUGGCUCAGCCUGGUAGCGUCGGCUCGAGUGAUGCUGACGGCGGCCAUGACAGUGAGGGGGACAGGGAUGGUGAUGAAGACGAUGGUAUAUCUGCGUGA